AUGGUGACAACUAGUCAUUGUAUUGCUCCACAUUAUCGUGUCUCCAUGGUACGAUACGCAUUGGUGAUAGACUCUGGAUCACUGGGAUCAAGGGCUCAAGUAUAUAGAUGGGACAAUGAAGGCUCAUCUUCAUCGUCAUUGCCCAAGAUAGAACACGAGGACGGUUGGUCUAAGAAAACAUCACCAGGUUUAUCGUCUUAUGCUGAUAAUAUCAAAGGAAUUUGGGACGAUCACUAUGCUCCCUUGUUUCAUUUUGCUGAGAAAAUCAUACCAGCAGAUCAUAUACCUGAGACACCAGUGUUUAUUCAGUGUACUGCUGGGAUGAGGUUGUUAUCGUUGGAGAAACAACACGCUAUGUUGAACCAAGUGUGUAGAGCUAUAAGAAAGCACACUCGGUACAGUCUACCCAGUUGUCAGGAGUUUGUUCAGGUCAUCGAUGGUGAGACAGAGGGAGUUUAUGGAUGGUUAGGACUUAACUACUUAAUGGGCCUGUUUGAGACGGGUAAUGGUGGUGAUACAUUAGGGUUUAUGGAUAUGGGAGGGGCACUGCAACAGAUAGCGUUUGUUCCUUCCAAUCCACAAGAUGUAGAGAAGCAUCAAGAAGACUUAUCUAAAGUAGCCUUACGUUUACAAGACGGCACUCAACGUGAAUGGUCGUUAUUUGUACAAACAUGGCUAGGAUUUGGUGCUAAUAAAGCCAGAGAACGGUACUUCCAGCAAUUGAUCCAUACUAAGGAAGAUAACCAUAAUAAAGGAAUGGAUAUCUCCGAUGCAUGUAUGCCUAAGGGAGCCAUUUCCACUUAUAAAGGACAUACAUUCAAAGGUACGGGGAACUAUGGGUCUUGUAUUAAGACGAUUUACCCUUUAUUAAUGAAAGAUGAACCAUGUAUUGACGAGCCAUGUUUAUUCAAUGGUGUACAUGGUCCCAGUAUCAAUUUUGACAAGGACAAAUUUAUAGGGAUAAGUGAAUAUUGGUAUACAGCAAAUGAUAUCUUUGAGAGUGGAGGUGAAUAUAAUUUCCAUUUGUUUAAUGAAAAGGUGAAGUUAUAUUGUGAGAGUCAAUGGGAUACUGUGUUGGAGAACUCUAAGAAUGGUCAUUAUUCUGGACUUGAUCCUGAAAAGUAUUUAAAGGAUGCUUGUUUCAAGGCUUCAUGGGUAAUUAAUAUUUUGCAUGAAGGGUUCGAAGUGCCUCGGCUAGGUGUUGAUGUUAAGGAUAGUACUGUUGAUGAAGAAGGUAAGAAAUUGGAUAAAAUUCAUAUACCUUUCAAAUCAGCAAAUUCUGUUAAUGGGGAAGAAUUAUCAUGGACUUUAGGUAAAGUUCUUCUUUAUGCAUCAUCUGAAAUAAAGUUAAAAGAGGAAAAAGAACAUUCACAAGUGAAACAAGUUGGUAUAUAUCCACCACCAAUAUCCCAAAAACCGUUUAUUCCUGGUGGAAUACCUGCAAAACUUGAUCCAAUGGGAGGUUACUAUUUAGGGGGAACAUCUUCUACUACUGCUUCUUCAUCUUUUAUAUUCAUAAUUGUGGUUCUAAUUUUGGUGGUAGGAUUUCUUUAUAAGUUCACAGAGAAUUUAAGAUUAAGAAAGUUGAAAGGGGUUUUAAGACAUAGUAUACUUAAAGUUCCCUUUGUCAGUCGUUUGGUAGACUCCUACAUAUUUCUUCCAAGAGAUGAUGCUAUUAUUCUUGAAGAAGGGCUCUUUGAUCCAGGUAAUACUGCGACUACCACAAGGACUAAUCCUUCGGGGAAAGUAUUACCGUACGACGAUAACAGCGUAUUAAGAACAAGAUCAGCAGUGAACUUACAACAAGACUUCAUGCCUACAACAACAACGACUCCUGAUGUCAGAUCGUUUGCUAAUAAGCCUUUCAUACCGUUCAAGAAUAAGAACUUUUCGUUCGAUGCUCUCCCUCGGAGUAAUUCGUCUGGGUCAAUAAAAAUUUUUAAGAAGCCAGAUCAUUAA